AAGAGGGCGCAAACUGUGCUUCAAGGGCGAUAUGAAGUCGAGCAGUACUAAAAAGGGAAGAAGAUACAGCAGCAGCCGAAUCCUUUCCGCAACUCUCCACUGGAAGCCAACAUGCUUUUACAUCUGGCGUCAAAUUUAAGCUAUGCUGUCAAAUGAACCAGGUCAAGAAGAGGUUAAAAACCCGGGAGUUUUUAUCUUCAUAGCUAGAAUGGCGCCAACUAGGCGGGACACUAUGAAUUCUCAACGCUGUUAAAUGUCCGAAGUCAUUCCCUGGACAAACCACCGAGGUCCUGGCACCCGGAAGGCCGCCGCUACCUCUGCCGUCGCCGCCGCCUCACCGGGCGGGGAUUUAACUUUCUUCUUGCCGUACGUAUGGACGGAGCCAACUAGCAGCCCCGCCGUAAAAUUCGCCUCUUUUCGACUCGGUGUGCUGGCAACCCCUGACGCAGUCGUGGCCCGUCCAGUGCCCCAGCUCUCCAUACCUAUUAAUGGAAAAUUUGAAAUUGUUAAAGAGGGUGAGGAAGCUCUUCUCAUUGACUUCUCCUUAGUCACCGGACUCAAGAUACGAAUAAAAGGAGAAAAAGCUCCAGAACUCUUGGUAGAACUCCAGGAUGAUGAACGCACGCAGACUUUUCUCACCCAAGUGAUUAGCGCUCAACAACAAGUUCAAUUGAAUCCCACCAAGCCCGGCGAAAUGGAUCCCCUUGCACAAGUUCCACAAAGUAGAAGUAGAGUCCCCACCCCACCUCAGAGAGGACAUAAAACUGCCAACUGUGUGGACUCGGGAGUAAACGUGCCCACUUCGACAAGCACACUGCCUUCCGCUCUCAAUAGCAGCGCAACUACACAUAAGACUAAUACAGUCCAUUCUCUGGCCUCGGACUUCGGGUUCGAGGACAACUUCAAUCACACUUUAAAAGUAGAGGAAAAGAAGAACCACCAAAACAGGAUAGUCGCUUCCAGGGAUCCUCCUCCCGUGCCUCCUCUGCCUCCUCGCAAAGCCUCCUUCACGCCAUCUUAUCAGCUGCCCCCUACGCCCGUCCCUAAGGAGCGAGCAACCUCCCUGACCAAAGAUAACUCCACUGCUAUCACCAGACCAGACAAUUUUAGGUCGAACUUCGAUCGGGCGGACAGGUCUCCGUCGUGGUGCGAGAGUCCCACCACAAACACCAUGAGACAAGCUUUGUUCUCCACUCAGGCCGGACAAAGAGAAUAUGUCAUCAAACAACGCUUGGGAAAGAAAGAAAACGAAUAUGUAGACAUACAGAAUUUUAGGUUCUUCAGUGGUACGUGGAACGUCAAUGGGCAGUCGCCAGACUGCAGCCUUGAAUCAUGGCUCUCUUGUGACGCGGAACCUCCUGAUAUUUAUGCUGUGGGUUUUCAAGAAUUGGAUCUGAGCACUGAAGCGUUUUUCUACAUGGACUCAUCCAAGGAGCAACUGUGGGUGGAAGCGGUUGAAAGAGGCUUACACCCUAAAGCACAAUACAAGAGGGUUCGCAUCAUUAGACUGGUUGGGAUGAUGCUGGUGGUUUUCAUCAAUAAGAUCCACAGGAAUCACAUAAAAGAAGUGGCCGCAGAACAUGUCGGCACCGGAAUAAUGGGCAAAAUGGGAAACAAAGGAGGUGUGGCGGUGAGGUUUGUGUUCCACAAUACCAGCUUCUGUAUCGUCAACUCUCAUCUGGCGGCACACGUGGAGGACUUUGAGCGGCGCAACCAGGACUAUAAAGACAUUUGCGCCCGCAUGACCUUCCAUUUACUGGACCACCCCCCUAUUAGUAUCCACAAGCACGAUGUGGUAAUCUGGUUGGGUGAUUUAAACUAUCGCCUCUUCAUGUAUGACGCCUCUGAGGUCAAGUAUUUAAUUUCCCAGAACGAGCUGAAGAAGCUUCAGGAAUUUGAUCAGCUGAACAUUCAACGCCAGACCAGACGAGCCUUCACUGACUUUAUGGAAGGAGAAAUCAACUUCAUCCCUACUUACAAAUACGAUUCUAAAACAGACAGAUGGGACUCAAGCGGGAAGUGUCGAGUUCCGGCGUGGUGUGACAGGAUCCUUUGGCGGGGCAACAAUGUCAAGCAGCUCAAAUAUCGCAGUCACAUGGAGCUGCAAACAAGUGACCAUAAACCAGUCAGUUCCAUCUUCAAGAUGGGGGUGAAGGUGGUCAACGAGCAGCGCCACAAAAAAGUAUUUGAGGAGAUUGUUCGGGCCAUGGACAGAAUGGAGAACGAUUUCCUGCCUUCUGUGUCUUUGAGCCGGAGAGAGUUCGCAUUUGAGAAUGUGAAGUUCCGGCAGCUUGAGAGGGAGCGUUUGCUUUUAAAGAAUGACGGGCAGGUCCCUUGUCACUUUGCUUUCAUACCUAAACUGAAUGACACACUGUACUGCAAGUCGUGGCUGCGUGCAGAACCCAGUGAGGGAUUCUUGGAACCAAACGAGACCCUGGAGAUCUACCUAGAAGUCUACGUCAGUAAAGACUCUGUCACGCUCCUCAACUCCGGAGAAGACGUCAUCGAGGACAUCCUGGUGCUUCACCUCGACCGAGGGAAGGACUACUUCAUCACCAUCUCCGGCAACUACUUGCCCAGCUGCUUCGGCACUUCGUUGGAGACCCUGUGCCGAAUGAAGAAGCCCAUCCGGGAAAUCCCCAUCACGAAACUCAUCGACUUGGGAGAGGACACCUUCACUGAGAAGGAGAGGUCCAAGGUGAACUUCCUUUUGAUGGAUGGUGCAAGCACAGAAGACAAACCUCUAAAGAUCCCCAAAGAAGUGUGGAUUCUGGUCAACCACCUUUUCACUAAGGCCUGUGAUCAAGAAGACCUGUUCCAAACGCCAGGUUUAAAAGAGGAACUACAGAGCAUCAUUGACAGUCUUGAUACCAGCAUUCCAGACACAGUCCCUGGUUGCAACCACUCUGUGGCCGAGGCUCUGUUGAUCUUCUUAGAGGCCUUGCCGGAGCCAGUCGUGUGCUAUGAACUCUACCAACGGUGCCUGGACUGUGCCCACGACAGCCGGCUCUGCAAACAGUUGGUCUCCCAGCUGCCUCGAGCCCACCGUAAUGUGUUCCGCUACUUGAUGGGUUUUCUGAAGGAGCUGCUCAAGCAUGCGCAUAACAACAACCUCACAGCUAACCUCAUUGCCACCCUCUUUGCCAGCCUGCUCAUCAGACCUCCUCCCAGCACGGCGAGCCGACAGACAUCCCACGACCGACAAAAAGCCAUCGACUUUGUCUUGGGUUUCCUCAUGGCGGGAGAUGAAGACUAACUUCGACGGUGUCUCCAACGGAGCCAAACAAGUGAUCAUCUGGUGAAAAACAUUCUCAAAACUUCACGUGAGAGUUCCCAGAUGCCUUUUUUGGGGGACCUCCAUUAGACGGUGAACCGUUUUAACAAGUUGUCCUCCUCUGGAUAGCCGGUAUGUGGAUUUACGAGCACUUUGGACAGAUGCGCUUCGUUUCCCGAUGAACUAAAGGAUCCUCAGUUCCAAAACACAUGCCCUCAUUCCUAACAGAUUCAAAAUGGACCCCCCCCAAAAGGAAUCUGAACUGCACCAAUAGAAUGGUGGGCAUAUAAAACACUAUGCUUCAUUGCUGUGCUAUCAUACCUCUUACGAAUUUAGUUCACAAGUCAAGCUUAAUGGUCAUUUUAGGUUCAUAGUAAAAUUUCAUCCUAAAGGUGAGUGAUUGCGAUGACCUUACUUAGAAUAAGGCACGCAAAAUCGUUCAUUUUACAGCAGAUAUUAACAUGUUUGCAUUUUAAAAUGCGUUGACGUUUAAAAAUAGAAAUGUACAUCAUUAUAUGACGACAUUUCAUCAAAAUGUUUGUGGUGAUCUUCUUGGGAGCCUCACAUCAAGUUUGUCCUGUUAGUCCGGAGUUACAAAGCAAGUCUUUUUAUUCAUACGUCAACUUCCUGCUUAAAUGCGACUAGUUCAGCGCGCUAUCCCCGUGGCUGUAAAUAGCAACUGUUUACCUUUUAGUGUGACAUCUGUUAUUUGCUAUUUUGAGAGUGGUACUAUUUACGUUUGUGUGUGUUUGUUUGAUAAUUGUUUUCUGCCUUUUAUUCAUCGUGUUGCUAUCUGUCUCACUCUGCUUUCUCCUUACUGGAACACCACGAGGCAUAAGCAUAUCCGGGUGCAUUGUUUGAUGAUGUGUGUUGUAGUAAUUGACCAAUCAGAUUAGUUCUAAACUGUGUAAGUGAGUGAAUAUGAGGUUAUUCAUUGAUACUCAUUAGUUUUGCUUUGCCUUGUGACACUUCAAGUGUGAGCAUAUGAUGUAACUGCUGACAAUCACGCAUAUAGGCUUGAAAUUGCUUUAAUGCUCGCAGAGGCAACGUUCUAGCUUGGGAGAGACAUGUUCCAUUACUAUUUUAAUGUUCUAUAUUUGUGUUUUCAAAAUCCAACUCUUUAUAUAUCCUGAAAUCAAAACCUACGAGUCAAAGUGUCGUCCCAAGCCAGUGAAUUAUGUGUAUUUAUGGGAAUUUAUUAGGCGGAUAUUGGUUACGUGACACGCUACUUAAUGAAGGUACUCAAAGCAACACUUCUGUUUGUCUGUUUAGAUUCUUUGGUACGUUUUAAUUUAUUUAACAAAUAAAAAUACAUUUAAAAUUUAUUUGUUGUUUUUUUGUUGGAAAAUGAACACGGCUUAGUUGUUUGGUAAGUUCACUCAUCU